AUGUUGAUGCCUGGGAAGGGUCAUGGGGUUAUGAUGGGUUCGAGCACCCCGUUGCACUAUGGUCGAGUAUUGCACUAUGGUCGAGUGUUGCCUAGCCUGCAGAUCUUCUCUGUUAAACUCGCAGAAAUACGAGGUGGUCUGGAAUGGCCGUUGCCAGUGUACGGCACGGUCGCUGCCCGAGACCAUGUGGGUCACAAUCGCAACCUUCUGUUUGCCCGCAACAGGAGUGAGUGCCAGAUACUCAAUGAAGAGGAUUCCUUUUUGACCUUGACUGGCCCCUCUCGUGCAAUUGUCAGCAAGGAAUCUGUUGUCUUUGAAAUCCAACUAAAAGUAAGAGGUAGAAUAAAGUCUCAAGACAAGCCACUGAUCAAUGGCGUGUACACUUACCACAGCAGAGAAAGACCCAUUUGCUUUAGGAACUGCUUUUGCACCGUAGAGUUAAGUUUGGAGAGAAUUAAGAAAUCAAUCCAGGCCACUAUUUUGGGCGUCCGUGUCAAAGAGGAGGGGUCAUGGCCAGCAUUCGGAGGUCGAGUUGCUUGCUCAGCCAUUGGACCUGACGCCAGCCCUCAGGAAAUUGAGCUGCUAGAUUCUCGUUAUACAACCGUGCCGAUUACUUCUGAGGGUUACCUUGUUCUAUCAAGGAGUGUUGUCUCUGUAGACUAUCGUGGAAGCCUGUAG